CGCCUUUCAGCGCGCUCGUCCGUCGGAACGCUGGUAGCGGCGUCGUCGUCGGCGAUACUUCCUCCUCGUUCUUCAAUUUGUGCUCGAGUGCGUGGAGUGCCGGAUUCGGGGGACGAGCCAUGAGCGCCCGCCAUUGAUCGACGACACCGCCGGUUAUCAGGGCGUUGCGGGGAUGAUUGUUUACAACCUAACCGAUGUUUCAACCACAGAUUCGGUAUCACCGGUAACUCUGAACGAUCACUGGUCGCGAUUGGCGAGGCUGCUACUGCUGGCUUCCCUGUCGACGCUCGGAAGCAUCGGCAAUGUCUUCAUGAUCAGCGCUGUUAUGAUCGAGGAUUAUCUCAGAAAACGCGGCAACACCUUCAUCGUGAACGUGGCCCUAGCCGACCUCCUGGUGUCCGGGCUGGUGGUUCCCGCCUCGGCCAUCGUCAUUCUGGCCGGCCUGCGCGACAACCUGGCCGUCUGCAGGUUCCAAUGGUUCCUGGCGACGCUCUGCUUCCUGGUGACGGUGCUGUCGCUGGCCGCCGUCGCCACCGAGAACUACUAUCGGCUCUGCUUCUCGCCCAAUUCCUACGAGAAGCUCACCAGGGGCAAGAUCACCGCCAUACUGCUCGUCUUCUGGACGGUCUGCGCCUGCAUCUCAGGCGUGCAGUUCGUCAGCGACGUGUCCUUCGAUUAUUGCAGACGGAAGUACCUCGGGCUCAUUCCCUACCAAGCUACUGUCAGCGUUGUCAUGGUGUUCCUGCCUUUGACUGUUGCUUUGUUAGCUUAUAUCAGGGCUGGAUGCCAAGUCAGAAGAUUAAAAGGCAGACCGAGCCAACGGGCGCCGAUAAUCCUAACGUGGGACUACAUGUUGAUGCACUCAAACAUGUACAGCUUCAUCGUCUUCAUCGUAUUCUGGCUCCCGUUCGGAGUAGUAUUAGCAGUGGGCACCGUUCGCAGAGUACCAGACAGCCUCUUCUACAACCUGGCCUGGCUGGCCAUCAGCAAAUCGUGCGUUAACAGCAUCCUCUACGGCAUAUCGAACCAGCACUUCCGCAACGCGUACGUGAACCUGUUCCACUACUGCUGCUGCAAGACGACGGUGUCGUUCUCGAGGAGGCAGCGGCCCGAGGGCGUCCGGCCGUCGGGGGACGUCCGCGUGCACAUCAUCCCCGGGUACAACAUGUACUGCAGCCCGCAGCGGGGCCGGGAGGCGCAGGCCAAGAGGACGUCGUCGCGGGCCAACGGCCGCGAGGUCUACGAGUUAUGAUGAGGAUCGUGCUCUUCGAACCGAGGAGUAUGGAUUUAGAUCUGUACCGCUUGUUCGGGUGUUUUUACGCGGGCUGGAUGUAUCGUGGUUUUUUGUGUGUCCGAUGAGGGACGGAGGUCCGGUUCGAAUUCGAAGGUAAUUUGGGAGUUCGAAUUGUAUCUGCGUCUGAAGGAAGUUCCGAAAUUUUCAAUAGAGCCAGGUUUCAGUUUACGUUAUUUUUCAUGGAAUUAUUGUACUAAAAGUACUUGCUACAUUAUUUCAAUUAAAUGAAAUGAAUCGAACUCGAGUAAAAUUUGGUGGAAUGCACACCAAUUUAGGAUGAAGAUAUUGUUAAAUAACGAAAUUAUCAUUGAAACCAAAAUUAAAUAAAUUAUACGAUUAUAUUUUUAGAAGAAACACAACUAACAAUAAAAAUAUUUACUAAAGGGUAAAUGGGUAGUUACAGAGAAAACGCAAAGUGAUUACCCAAAUAAAUACCUAUUUUGUAAACAUUUAAUCAUUCCGUCAACAAUAUGAAAAAUAUUCCUACAAUUACAAACCUAUAGUAUUAAAUCGAAACAUUCCUUCCAAUAAUUAAGAUUACAUUUCCAAUCCGGCGAUGAAAGGAACUGGUAACAACCGCAAGGGAAAAUCCUAAAGCUCUACUUGUAGAUUUUAAAGUUCCUACUUUAAUUAACACUUUG